AUGUCAUCGUUCGAAAAAGUGCUGCUGAACCAGCCGGUGGUGUUCGACAACGGCUCGGGGACCAUCAAGGCGGGCUACGCGGGCGAGGAGCUGCCCAAGACGUUUUUUCCUGCAUGCGUCGGAAGAACCAAACACACCAGAGUCAUGGCAGGGUCCAUGGAAGGAGACACAUUUGUCGGCAACAAGAUCCAGGAGGUUCGAGGGCUGCUCAAGCUGAAAUACCCGAUGGAACACGGCAUUGUGACUGAUUGGGACGAUAUGGAACGGAUAUGGCACCAUGUCUAUAACAACGAGCUGAACAUUCUAUCUGAAGAUCAUCCUCUACUGUUGACAGAAGCACCUCUGAAUCCCCGUUCAAAUCGAGAUCGGGCGGCCCAGAUUUUCUUCGAGACCUUCAACGUGCCUGCUCUGUACGUGUCCAUUCAGGCCGUGCUAGCAUUGUACGCCUCAGGUAAAACUACGGGUCUUGUUGUUGAUUCGGGCGAUGGUGUGACCCACGCAGUCCCUGUCUACGAGGGUUUCAGCAUCAAUUCUGCCAUCCAGCGUAUCGACAUUGCUGGACGAGACGUGACGGAGUACCUCCAGUUGCUACUGCGUAAAUCUGGCACUGUGUUGCAAACCUCGGCCGAGAAAGAGGUGGUGCGAACCAUCAAGGAGAAGCUAUGUUAUGUGGCGGCAGAUCCGAAACGAGAAGAAAAGGACUGGGUGGCAAGUGGAGGAAUACGAGACAUUGAACAGCAACGGCCCGGAUCUGCAGGUGGAUCAAUUUCGACCGUGUUCAAGCUGCCUGACGGAAAAGAUAUAUACAUCGGUCCAGAGCGGUUCCGAGCACCGGAAAUCAUGUUCAACCCAGAGAUUAUCGGUUCAGAGUACAACUCGCUGCCACAGAUUGUCGCCGACGCAAUUGCACGGACAGAUCUGGACCUCAGAGCCGGCCUUUACGGAAGCAUGCUGCUGUCGGGAGGAAACACACUCAUGAGAGGCAUGGGAGAUCGUCUGCUGACGGAACUCAAGGGUCUGGCGCCCAAGGAUACAAAAAUCAAAAUCUACGCGCCACCUGAGAGAAAAUACUCUACGUGGAUCGGAGGCUCAAUUUUAGCAGGUCUGUCCACUUUCAAGAAGAUGUGGUUUACCGUGGACGAGUGGCAUGAGAACCCGGAUAUCAUUCAUACCAAAUGUUUGUAG